AAGUGUUGUGGGAGAGUGGUGAAAGAGAGACGGAGAAAGUGGGCGGCGGGCGAUACUUAUGGGCGGCGCGGGGGGUGCUGCCUGCCGGAUCACAAUUGUUGUGAUUUAGCGCGCGAGUUUGGGGGGCAAGUUUGGGCGUCUCAGUUCCAGCAACUGCAAAAUCAAAAUUGAGCGGGCAAGACUGGGCCGUGCGCGCCAUCCUUUCAGCAUUGUGAUCUGGGCAGCCGCAGAGGCAAGCGAGCGCGUCCGACCGCCCAGCGUGAUCCGAAGUUGAUCCGGCAUUGUUGAUCUUCGCGAACACCAAACACGCGUCUCUCUUAAAGUAGCCUGCUUCCCCAACCUCUGGCAAACCAUCAGCUCUCGAUACCGCGACACUCUCACUCCCUGCACUCCACUAAACCACCAUCUCACUUUCAACUUCACUUUUAAUCCAUCAACAUGACUGGACGUGGCAAAGGUGGCAAGGGCCUUGGCAAAGGUGGUGCCAAGCGCCACCGAAAGAUUCUUCGUGACAACAUCCAGGGCAUCACCAAGCCUGCUAUCCGACGUCUCGCCCGUCGUGGUGGUGUGAAGCGUAUUUCCGCAAUGAUUUAUGAGGAGACCCGUGGUGUCCUAAAGACUUUCCUUGAGGGUGUCAUCCGAGACGCUGUCACCUACACUGAGCACGCCAAGCGCAAGACUGUCACUUCCCUCGACGUCGUCUACGCGCUCAAGCGACAAGGACGUACUCUCUAUGGUUUUGGUGGUUAGAUUCGCUUUUGCCUUUCAUGUUUUGUAACGACUCUCGAUCGACUUUGCGACCUCGGGAUCAAUGGUCUCUUCUGGUGCUGGCUGGGACGGGCUUGAGGGGUUUUUGCCUAUUGUAUCAUGGGCUUAGGAGUUUACGGUUUAGGAUUAGUCAUGGAAUAUGAUACCAGAAUAAUUCUUCA